UUGUUGUCAGACAUAGCUGCUGGACAUGGUCAUGAACAUGGACAUUGUCAUGGUAAAGUGGAACUUCCAGAUUACAGACAGUGGAAAACUGAAGAGAUGCCUUUAGAAAUGAUGCAGAAGAAGCUUGCUGCCCGAGGGCUGAGGGAUCCACGGACUUACAAUGAGGCUUGGAGAUACAUGGGUGACUUUGCAAGCAACAUCACUUCCAUGAGCGUAAUAGUAAAAGGAUUCAAAUUGGGGUUUGCUGCAUUUGUGGUAGCUUUAGGGGCUGAAUAUUUCCUGGCUUCCCAGAAUGAGGAUAAGAAUCCCAGAAUGAGCAUCACUGAAGAGAGCACUUUGUGACAUCUUUCAUGAAAAUAAGAUUCUCUCACUGUAGCAUCCUUGGCUGUUUGUUUGUUCUUGAGAGAAUAUUAGUAUGGUUUAAUAAAGAAAGGAAACUGGAAAAUAAAGACAAGCUCAGGUCUCUUCCCCUGUUUUACUGCUUGGCAAAGUCAAAAAAAAUCCUUUUUCUCCUGUUUCCAUCAGCAUUUGGUGUCUUGCAUCUUGGCUUAGCACUCUCAGCAGACACACAGAUGUUACUGGCACAGUCAUCUCACAAAGGAGACAUUCAGAGGAGGUUUUUGGAAAGACAGAACAGUUGAACAAAGGUGACAAGAAACAGCCACCCAGGAAGUGAUGUGGCAUUUGACUCUUUUAGGGUUACUGCUUCAGUCUUUUUAGGUUCUAAUGGAGAAAAAAACACUCCCUUUCAUUAAUUCUCAUUAUCAAUCAAAAGAGGUAACAUAUCACUGAAGCCAGCUUGACUUCUCCCUGAGGCUGGAAGGACUCUAGCAUUGUGUUUUAACCCAGACCCAUUAGUUUGUUGUUUGGUUAGGAUAUCUUUCUCUAAAAAAACCCUGACUUGAAGGAUCAAUAUGACUCUUAGCCAUUGGCCAUGUUAUGUGUAGUUUCAUCUCUCCAGGUUUUCUGGGCAGAGUAAUGCUGAGGAUCUAGUAUGUACCACCUCUUUCCUCCUUCCUCCAUCAUGCUAUGCAUCUCUGAAUGUUAGCUGAUGUUCUUCACAGAUUCACCAUCCUUUGGUUGGCCCCAUCUUCCUCUGUCUACACGGAGUAGGUUCUACCACAUAGGCUCUGGAUAUAUCCAGGGAAACUGCAGGAAAUGGCAUCAUCAGAUUAUUCUGUUUGUGAGACAUCCAUGCUUUCUAUUUUCAUUGCUAAAUGCCUUUCCUUAUGCAGUGGAUCAUGCCGGGUCAAGGCUUUUGGCAUAGUUUGUGGGCUCAUGACAGGAUUCUAAUGUAUUCUUUUGGUAUUUUCUUCAGUUUUGUUAUAUUUCAUGUAAACAAUAAUUGUAUUUGUAGUCUUAGUUAGGCAACAAGGUGGACAAAUAGGAAAGAGCACAAAUGCCCUUUGUGGGAAGAAGUGGAUAGUUCUUUACUUGGACAGAUUUGUAUAGGAGCUGAGACCACCCCCCCAUGCAUAUUACAUUAUUCAUAAAAUGGUGAUAAGAGAGAGUAACUGCCUUUUUUCUAUUGGAAAUACAUUUUUUCAUACACUAUAUUCUGAUUAUGGUUUUCCUGUCUUACUUUCCCACCCACAUGUCUAUAUCCUUUUUUCCUCUCUCAUGUUCUCCCUCAUUUGAAAACAAUCAUCUAAAAAAUAUAAAAUAAGGUAAAAUAAAAACAAACAAACCAGAAUAGGAUAAAACAAACAACAAACAGAAAAAAAUGGCCAAAGAAAAAGCUCAAGAAAUACAGACAUAGACACAUAUAUCCACACAUAAGAAAAAAAUCUCAUAAAAACACAAACUCAGAAACCAUAAUAUAAGCAAAAGAUCUAUGAAGUAAAAAAGAAUUUGCUCAGACAAGGAAUUCUGAGACAGAAAAAGGAACCCUCCAAAAAUAUUGAGUUCAUUUUGUGUUGACCGUCUAUUGCUGUGCAUGGGACCUGCUCUUCAGUGUGGUUCGUACAGCCAGUGAGACUGUUGGAGAAAGAAUAACCACUUUCAAAAGCAAAUAGGCACAGAUGAUAGAGAACUAUGAUUUGUAGGUAUGUCUUUCCCCUCCAGAACAGGCAAACGUGUGGUAUGUUUAAAAUGAAGAGUCAUUGCACAUUUUGCGAAGGAAUGUUAAAUUUAUUUAACCUUAAAACACGAGUCUGAUUUUUUUUUUUUUAUUAACUUGAGUAUUUCUUAUAUACAUUUCAAGUGUUAUUCCCUUUCCCGGUUUCCGGGCAAAAUCCCCCUCCCCCCUCCCCUUCCUUAUGGGUGUUCCCCUCCCAACCCUCCCCCCAUUGCCGCCCUCCCCCCAUAGUCUAGUUCACU